UAUCAUGUAACGUCAUGCCCAGUAUGUUACCAGGGGGGAGCUGGCCAGGGGAGGGAGGCAGCAAUCACGGCUCAGGAACCAGCAGUGUCAGUCAGCGGGUGGUGAGCGGUACUUCCUGCUUUGGUAACCAGACAAAAGGCCAGUGGGCAUCCAAAGGAGCAACAAAGGCACUAGGGAAGCAAGUUGCGUGAAUGAGGCACCACAUCCAGCUGAGCAGACUUUGGGAAAACCAUUCAGCAGACUUCAAGACAGAUGAAUCAAACAUCCUGGCUUUAAAAACCUUACAUGGAGCAGUUUGCAGCGGCCAUUUCAAAGAGACCGUCACAAAGACAAGAGAGAGAUCAGAGAAGCACCUAUUCCCAAGAUGCUGGCACCCUGCCUUCUGAGAAGAGUGGUCUUUACAGUUCCUUUAGUUUUUGUGGUUGCACUGCUUCUCACGGAACCUGUUAGAUCUGAUCAAGAAGCGGGAACAGCCAUACCAGCUGAAAGUCGUCCCUGUGUUGAUUGCCAUGCAUUUGAGUUCAUGCAGAGGGCUCUGCAGGAUUUAAAGAAGACAGCGUAUAAUCUAGACACACGGACAGAAACUCUGCUUCUUCAGGUGGAAAAAAGAAAUCUGUGCGACUGUGUAACUGCAAAUCUGCUGAACUGAAUCCUGGAGUCCAGCUAAGGAGUAUCACCGGUUCAGCAUUUUUUAAAAUGCAGCUGUAUGAAGUACAGCUUUAUGGAGUUAAUGUUGCAAGCAUGUAUGCCCCGGUGUAAUGAGGAAAUUGGUGGGCUGUGUCUUAUGUAUUUGUCUGUUCUGUUUUGUUUUUUUUAAAAAGUACCUUCUUUUCACAUCCACUGGGUUGCCAGUAAGGGCUUGAUUCAGUAAAUCCGUUACUUGGUAUUACAGCGGGGGGAAAAUGUACCUGCUUUGAUUUUUAAAUCAGAGUUGGCCAAGUGUAACCCACAAGAUAAAUAUGGCCGGCAGUGCUCUAGAGACACUUGCAGCUGGUUUUUGUCUCUAAUAUGAACGUACCUCUGUGGCAACUUGCCCAGUUAUAUUGAGACAGGGAAUUGUGGUCUCUGUAGGCCUUUGCCUGUGUAUUAAAGAUGAUGGAAGUCC